AGUAGAAUCGUUUGAAUAGUGGAGAAAGGCUGGCGAGUGUUUCAGAAUAUGCUGCUUCAUGGUUCACAACAGAGGGUUCGGUGUUGAGCUUACGGCUUCCCUCUACCCCGCCUGCUCACUUCAUCGCCAGCUGCUGCAGAAGGAGGUCUACACAGGAUAUACACAGGAGUUUAGCAGUGCACACGAUGACAUGAACAAGCUGGACACGAGUAGACGAGCAGGCUGGACACGGAGACGGGGACAGGGCAGGCUGGACACAGAUGGAUAUUUUAGAGAAGGAUGCCUGCGUAUAGAGACAGCUGACCACUUCACCUCGCUACCAUCUUCGGAGCUGAACAAGGCGAAGCCGCAGAUCUGGUCAAGACUCCCUUGAACCUCUGGAAUCACUGGCUGGUUGUCACUUCCUCGUCACGCCUGAACCCUCGUUGUCUCGACCACCACCACCACGACGUCAGUGCAGAAGCAACAAGAGGCGAGUGACGGGUGUUGCUCCCCAAACGGCAUCAAGAGAAGCGCCGCUGCACGUCUCGCCACACAGCAGCCAUUAUUCCGGCGCUCCCCCGUUCUCUACUGGCGGGGACGGAAUGCCUUCCAAACACUCCCUGGUGGCUGGCCCGUUGCCGGUGACUAUUCAAGUGUUGACUAAGAGUUCGAGAGACUCUGCCACUCAGUUGUUGAUUUUUUUUUUUUUUUUGGGGUUGUUCCGCUGUUUCUCUCCGGAGACACUUCGAGGUAUCUCUG